CACUGCGCGCGCGAGGGCCUGCGAGGCGAGGGCCAUGGUGCUGCCGCGCGGGGCUUCCUGGUGCGCGGCGCUCGCUCGGGCCUGCUGGCCCAGGCUGUGGACGCGGCCCCGUGGAGUCUCGGGCGGGCCGGGCUGCGCAGCGGGUUCUCCUGCCGGAGCGCACGAGCUGCGAGGCGAGCUGGACAGGUUCGGGGGCGUCUCGGUGCGCCUGGCGCAGCUCGGCGCGCUGGACCGCCUGGACGCCGCCGCCUUCCACAGGGGCUUACAGGCAGCAAUAGAGCAAUGGCGAUCAGAAGGUAGAGUUGCUGUCUGGUUACACGUUCCCAUCCUCCAAAGCCGGUUUAUCGCCCCUGCGGCUUCCCUGGGCUUCAGCUUUCACCAUGCAGAACGGGAUUCCGCAACGCUGACUCUCUGGCUGAGGGAAGGGCCCAGCAGACUGCCAGGAUAUGCUACACAUCAAGUGGGAGUUGCAGGAGCUGUUUUUGAUGAAAAUACUAGGAGAAUAUUGGUUGUACAGGAUCGAAAUAAAUUAAAAAAUAUGUGGAAGUUUCCCGGGGGCCUGUCAGAGCCUGGAGAAGACAUCGGAGACACAGCAGUUCGAGAAGUUUUUGAAGAGACUGGGAUAGAAUCAGAAUUCCAGUCCCUCUUGAGUAUCCGGCAGCAGCACACCAGUCCGGGAGCCUUUGGGAAGUCUGAUAUGUAUAUUGUCUGCCGCCUCAAGCCAUUUUCAUUCACCAUAAAUUUUUGCCAGCAUGAAUGCUUAAGAUGCGAGUGGAUGGAUCUCACUGAGCUUGUUAAGACUGAAAACACAACUCCCAUCACCCGCAGAGUCGCGGGACUGCUGCUAUAUGGGUACAGAGAAGGGUUUGACAAGAUUGAUCUGACCAUGGAAAAGCUUCCAGCAGUUUACGCAGGCCUUUUCUAUAAACUGUAUCACAAAGAACUGCCAGAGAAUUACAAAACUAUGAUAGGAAUGGAUUAAGUUCACAUUUUACAUUUUUUUAAAUUUAAGAUGUACAUGUAAAUGAAUAUGUGCUAUAAGACAUAAUGAACCUUUGGGAUUAAAUAUGACUAAUUUUCUAAUAUAUGAUUUCCAUGAAGAAAAUUUAUAAAUGUGCAUAUUUUAAAAGCUUUUCAAAUAAAGCAAAUAUGUGAAAAAGA